GCUACCAAGCUAUAUGGACUAUGUCUAGAAACUUCUCAUGGACCUUAUGCUUGUAGCCUAACACAACAAGGACAGAUCUGCACAUUCAAUUUGGUCUUUUGCCACUGUAGGCCACGCACACUCCCCAAAUGCAAAAAAUAAAUGUCCUCCUCUUUCUACUCCUAGGAUGACUUUCAGCUUUGAUUCAAAAUGCCAGUUUUCCUACUUGAACAGUCAGCCGUGUCCAGGGCCACUUCCUUCCCCCAUUCCCCUUUAAUUUUUAAUUUUCAAGGUUUGUUUCUGUGAGGCUAAACUAUUAGAUUUUCCUUGUUGCAACAUUUUUCUAAACCUUCAGAGGAACAUAAGAAUUAAAGAAUAAGCUAUUUCCUUGUUAUUUAGAUUAUUAUGACAUCAGAAUAAAAAAUGGUACCAUAGGGAGAAAAGAAGCAAGAAAGAUCUGUGCUAGUGUGAUAGGAAUAUGGUGUGACAAUGUGAAGACAUCCAUGUAUAUAAUGAUUUGGGAAAGUAAAAGAAAAGCAUAAAAACUACUGUUGUGAGAAACAGUCCGUAAAAGGAAAUUGAGGACAUUGGUUCAUCUGUCUACCCAGGGGUAGCCAUCAGUGUUUGUCUUCUCUGCAUGGAUGUGAAUGACAAGAAGCAAGGGAAUAACUAUGGACGUCCUGGGUGGUGAUAGUUUGGACUGAGCACCCAUCUGGCCCUGUUGCCCAAACCAGGCUUGGGAUUUCUGACAUUGGCUUAUAAAACAGCUGGGAGUAGCAGGGGUGACCAGCAGCUUAGACUGCAGAGUGAAAUUGCCCGAAUUGAACAUUGAAACAAACAAACAUAGUAGCAAAAUGUCCUUAUUUGAAUUAAUGACAGUGUUACCAGGAGCCACACGAAUUCUUUUUGUAACAUAUUUUUCUUUGACAAAGAUUUCUGCAUUUUCUGAUAUAUUUUGUUCAAGCCUAAUAAAAGCAGACACUGUCUAGGCUCUGAAAAUAAAUAGGGCUGCUCCUAAAUAGUAUUUGGAUAGGAAAUCACCAAUGAAUUGUCUGUGGGCCAGACAAAGAAAUUUUAAAAAAUAUCCCCCCAAAAGAUAAUAGAGAAUCACUUUUGUCCUGGGUGGAUAUGCCCAGAUAGGCACAAGAACUGAGUGCAUUUUUAAAGUGUCUUUGUUUUUGGUAUACACAACUAUAGAUAGCUAGGUGCAAUUAUUUUGUGGUCUUGCAUGGAACAACUGAAUUACUAUCUAUGGAUCAUCUCUAACAAUAUAUAAAGUUUUAUAUAAAGUGUAAAUUUUGUCAAUGCCUAUUUUGAAAUAAAUCUUGAAUGGUAAGAAGUAAUCCAAGCAUUAGGCUUACACUUCUAUUCAUUUACAUUUGGAUAUCUAGUCAAUAUCCUUUAACUUUCAACCACAUGCUCUUAGAAUUUAGAGAAGACUAUUUUGCUUGUUUUAAUUUUCUAUUUAUAAUUUUAUCGCUGAUUAAAACCCCAGAGCUUAGUGAAUUAUAAAUUUGUAGAAAUUGAUUACGUAGAAUUUUCUGGAAAGGUUACACUGAAACAACGCAUCCAUGAAUUCAAAUGUCCUUGAAUGACCAUAGCAUAAGUGUUGCUAGAUUUCAUAACAAGCCCCCAAGGAUUUAAGGAAGUUGGUCCAAACCACUUGGAGAACACUAGGCUGGAGAAAACGGCCUCUCAGAUGAAUAAAAGCACUCAGGUACAUUGUUUCCCAUAGCUUCCAAGGAACGGAGCAAUGUUUGUUUUAAUGGGCUGAGUGUUGUUCUUUUCUGCCUCUCCAACACCCAUUCUUUUGAAAAUUCGGAUAACAGUUGUAAGAAACUAAAAUACAUUUUGAGAAGGAUUUAAUGGGGAAUAUUUUUUAAGGAACCCUAAAUUGUCAGGUCUUAUGAGAAAGAUACCAACUAACUUGAUGUUCAAUUGACUUGGAUUCAUCAAAUUCUCUACCAUUAUAAAAGAGAUUUAGAGCAUGUGCUUUGUAUAUAGACUAGGCAUAUAAAGCAUUUUUACUCUAUCUACAUUCAGGGAGAGACAAACAUCAGCACAAAUGAAAUCUGACUAGCAUUUAUCCUUUUCCCAGGCUGCGGGGCUCUUUGCCAGGGGGCUGUGGAAAUGGCUGGCUGGUUCACAUUCUCAUUUGCCCUGUUUGCGCAUGCAUAUGGGCUUGAACGAGGACGCUAGCGCAGGGCGGGAGGUGCACUGCCAUUUGUGCAUGCGCACGGCGCCAGUGCAUGCCACAUACACAAAUGGGGCCGUUAGGGUUGUGCCAGCCUGCAUGCGCGCACUCCAAUUUUGAAGCUGCUCUCCUUCCCUCUGGUCUACGAGCCCAGAAAGGUUGGAGACCUAGCCUAGACCCUUGGUUUCUUCCCUAUUAUUUUCACAAUUAAAAUCCCUCAUAAGCUUGUUCACAGUAGUGUGAGGCUUUUUCCCUUUUACAGCACUUCUACAUAUGAAUAUGUAGAACCACAACCUAGGAAAUGUUACAAAAAGAAAUAUCUGUAUAAAAACAGCCCUGUAUUGUCAGUGGUUUGUUUUUCUUAUGAAAAGGCCUGAUUCACCUUGUACAUUUUCAAAAGUAAGCACAUCUUUAUCCCAUAAUGGAUUAGUAAAUUUCUGUCCAGAUAAUCUAAUAAAUUAAUAUUCCUGAGAAAAUUUAAUAAGAGGUGAGGUCAGUGGUCCUGGUGGGAACUAAUAUAGGAAACAACUAGAAAUGAAGAUAUCAAUUCUCCUAACAAUUUUAAUGACAUUUUUAAUUGAUAAUUGGGGGGGUUGUAGUUGUAGUCAUAGUCUGAGUUGGGUGGACACGUAAAUGUCUUAAUGAUCCCAGGGCUGCCUAUGAUUGGGAAGUGGGGAAAAAAAGCAUCCUAUUGCAGAAGGCAUGUCUGUUUAUAUCAGAUGCCAGAAAUAGGAAUACUCGCAAUAUUUUGAACUCCAAUAGUCAUCCGUCCCAUUCAUCAUAACCAGUAGUAAAAGCCUAAGGGAAUUGUUCUCCAAAACGCCAGGCAUUUCUUGCAUGUGAUUACUGUAAUUGAAAUGUAGUUUGCAACAUUACAACACAAUGGACAAUAAACUUGUGUUGUAGUCGCUACUCUUCCUUUCCUGCAACUGACCUCUACGCUACAGACGCAGAUCUAGGCAGAGACCGAGGGGGUCGACUCAAGUUUCCACACACGGCCCACUUCGUCCUGCUGCAUGUGCCGGAAUCUCUUUGAGGCUGACCGUUACAGCUCCUCUCCGGACCAAGCGGAAACAGGCAAGCGCAGCGGUGCGCGAAUUUGGUUUUCAACUCCUCUUAAUCUUUAAUGGGCCAUUGACUCGUCCAAACUGGCCACUCCUGCGACCGCUUUUGAAAACGGCGAUUUUGUUGAGUCCCGCGGAACAGUCGCUUGGUUACUGGAAAGAAACCCAUCAAGGACAGGCGGGGAAGAUUCCCUCCGACUCCAUUAGGCUAAGAAGUUCAUUGAGUGGGCGGAAACUUCCAGUGGGAAGUAAGCACAAAGCCUACGGGAAUUAAUCUGACGGAUGAAGCGGAUGCGGAAGCCAGGCGCCGCCCAAGACGGCUAGGUUUGCCUUCCCUGGGCGGCCUGGCGAUAGCGAGCGGAGGCAUGUUGCUGCGUUGGGGCCUGGCCGCUAGGAGAGCUUCCCGGUUGGCGUGCCGCAGGAAGAAUAUUUUUGGCCUCAAAUCAUGGAACCCCAUUUCUCCAGGCAGCAUUGUCUUCUUGCAGCCCCAGAGGACCUUUCGAGCAGUACUGUGCACUGAACUGAAAAAGCCAUUGGUUGUUAGGGAUGUCCCAUCUGCUUUGCUUCAGUCACACGAGGUCAGAGUUCAUGUCUGCAGCUGUGGAGUCAAUUUUGCUGAUAUACUGGCCUGCCAGGGUCUUUAUCAACAUCACCCUCCUCUCCCAUUCAUCCCAGGAAUGGAAUAUUCAGGAGAUGUGGUGGAGACUGGAAAAGCUGUCACCAACAUCAAAGAGGGGGACUGUGUCAUUGGUGUGACCAAUGGAAAAGCUCUGGCGGAAGAAUGCAUUGCAGAUUCAAAGUUGCUUUGGAAAAUCCCCCAAGGAGUACCUUAUGAAGAAGCUGCAGCACUGCCUGUUUCAUAUGGGACAGCCAUCUUGGCCUUGAAACACAGAGCACAAACACAGCCAGGAGAAACUGUUUUAGUGACUGCAGCUGCUGGUGCUACAGGGCUUGCAGUUGUGGAUGUUGCAGCUAAUGUUUUUAAAGCAAAGGUGAUAGCAGCAGCAGGAAGUGACAGUAAAUGCCGGCUGGCUAUCCAGAAAGGAGCUGUUGAAGUGAAUUACAGUGAGGCUAGUCUGAAAGAAGAGGUGAAGAAGCUGACAGCAAACAAGGGAGUUGAUGUGGUUAUCGACACCGUUGGUGGAGACAUCUUCAAGCAGGCAUUGCACAGUCUGGCUUUUGAAGGCAGAAUUGUGGUGGUUGGUUUUGCUGGAGGAACGAUACCUUCCAUUCCAGCCAACAUACUGCUUCUGAAAAACAUCUCUGCUCUGGGAAUAUUUUGGGGCCGGUACCGGGAUAAAAAGUUCCCAGUCUUCUCCUCAACCAUUUCUUCAGCUCUUUCUUAUUAUCAAGAGGAUCAAAUCCAGCCUCAGAUAGGAAAAGUGUUCAAACUAGAGGAGGUAAAUGAAGCCUUUGCACAUGUGACUCAACGUAAAUCUACAGGAAAGAUUGUCAUCUCAACUAAUUAAGCCUCUUUUUCUUGGGAAAAUGUAUUGUCAGUACUACUUCCUGCUGAAGAGAGAAGCUGUUGAUACUGACUUCAAAUCACUCAGCCUGCGACAGGCCUUUUUGGAUUACAGAAGAAACUUUCUAGUCAAACGCACUCAUUGAUUUUCUAUCACUUCUUUAGCAGAUCUAGGUCAUUUAGGCACUUCCCCUUGGCAAUGCCCGCUUUGCUGCCCACCACUCAGUUGGCUGGUGGCUAUUUGUCUUAUGCAGCAAAACGCCCGGAUCAAACCCUGUCUUGGGAAAUGGGCAGGGAUGAAGGGUUGAGGAUGGACAGUCGCUGGCAGUGAGCCAGCAGAGGAGGAAAGCUAGCUGUGGUUCAACGGUGGCG